AUGUGGGGUGAUGUAAAAAUUGUUCAUGGGAAACCUCGACAUAGUCAGAGCCAGGGCUCUGUCGAACGCGCCAAUCGAGAUGUGGAGGAUAUGUUGGCUACAUGGAUGGCUGAGAACAAAAGUAGUGAUUGGCCUUCUGGAUUAAAAUUUAUACAGUUCCGAAAAAAUCGCGCUUUUCAUUCAGGUAUUGGAAGAUCACCGUAUGAGGCAAUGUUUGGAUGUUCAGCUCGAUUAGGCGUAGCGUCAAUAGUUUUACCUAUGGAUGAAAUAGACUGCCUACAAUCUGAAGAAGCUCAGAAUGACCAUCUUGGUUCAGAUUCAUUGGACUCUGAACAAUGUCAUACUACACAAGUUGAAGAAAACGGACCAGGAACUGGAAAUAACUCAGAACUUAUUAAUCAACGACAGCAGAAAAUUCAACACGAACGAGCAUUAUAUGUUAAAUGUUUAGAGAAACAAGCGAAAAAAAUGGUAAAAACAUCCAAUUCAAAAUACCCGGAACUUGAAGUAGGAACAUCUGUUUGGGACCGCACCUAG